AAAUUAGACCAAUGAGAGCGUUUGUUUUCCACAGCGUACCCUGCGCGUAUAGGAUGCGCACAAUUUCAGUACUAAUCUCAAAAUGCCGUCGGAGUCGAAACCUUUGUUGACAGCCCAAACAGAGAAACCUAAUCAUUAUUCAUAUCUGAAAGAAUUUCGAGUGGAACAAUGUCCCCUGUUCCUACAACACAAAUGCACACAACAUAGGCCUUUCACUUGCUUUCAUUGGCAUUUUAUGAACCAGCGUCGGAGAAGGCCCGUGCGGAAAAGAGAUGGAUCUUUUAAUUACAGCGCUGACAAUUAUUGUACAAAAUAUGACGAAACCACGGGCCUCUGUCCAGAGGGUGAUGACUGCCAAUUUCUACAUAGAACAGCUGGCGACACGGAACGUAGAUACCACUUACGGUACUAUAAGACAUGCAUGUGCGUCCAUGAUACGGAUACGAGAGGCUUUUGCGUCAAGAAUGGGCCGCAUUGUGCUUUUGCACAUGGCAAUCAUGACCUGAGACCACCUGUUUAUGACAUCAAAGAAAUUCAGGCCUUGGAAAACCCAGAUGGUGAGGGGAAUUCAACAAAUGGGCCAAAUGCUCUAGAUAAAGAAAGAAACUUAAUGAACGAAGAUCCGAAAUGGCAAGAUACGAAUUAUGUACUGUCCAGUUAUAAAACGGAACCUUGCAAGAGGCCGCCCAGAUUAUGUAGACAGGGAUACGCAUGUCCACAGUAUCACAAUAGCAGAGAUAAAAGAAGAAGUCCAAGAAAAUUUAAAUACAGAUCAACGCCUUGUCCCAAUGUCAAACAUGGCGAUGAGUGGGGUGAACCAGGGAAUUGUGAGAGCGGUGAUACAUGUGCUUAUUGUCAUACACGCACAGAGCAGCAGUUUCAUCCUGAAAUCUACAAAUCAACCAAAUGUAAUGAUGUUCAACAAGCAGGCUAUUGUCCACGCGGUGUUUUUUGUGCUUUUGCCCAUGUUGACCAGGAAAUGACGAUAGCGCGGGAACUAGCAGCUCCUUUAGAAGGUGGAGCAACAUUGUCGGAUAUACUUUCAAAUGCUCUUUCACCACUGGAUCCUAGUAAUAAAAAUUCAGAUUCCAAUUCUCCAAAGAAGGAGGAGCAAAGUUGUGAUUCAUCUCAAAACGGAAGUGGAGAUGGGUCUGAGUGCGCGUCAACAAGCAGCAUGGGAUCAAAUAGUUCUCACAGCAAAGCACCAGGUGCACAGCUCUCUCAAAGCAGAAUGAUUGAGAACAAUCACCUCAGCUCACCGGUCUUCAAUUCCCAGCAGCCACAGCAUGAGGCUAUCCAAGCUGAAUUAGUUCGUAAACAAAUUAUUGCUAUCGACAAUGACCCACUUCUAGAUCCUAUCGAGAAAACCCAAAGGAAGCAAGGCUUCUAUCUAGCGCUGAGUAUGAACAACAACCAACAUAGCAUGAACAAUACCUUCUCUUCGGCCAUAUCGCCUCUUACCAAUCACUUUAGCUCACCAUAUCAGCCUUGUGACACAAUAGAAUCAGUCGUAGGGAAUGCUUUAGAUGAUUUAAAUCUAGAUGAACCAUUAAAUUUAGUCGCUACUUUAGAUAGAGAUUUCGAAACUGAUUCAACGAGUGUCAAUAAUUCAAUUUCAGCUGGUCUCGCUAGUUCAGGUUUACUUGGUAGCUCUGCACCUGUUAAUAUUCCUGAUUCUCCUCUUGGUGAUCGCACUAAUUGUCUUACAAAUUUUUCGCCAAACACCUCCUCACCUCUUCAACAUCUGCAAUCCGGUUUUCUCUCAGCUUCGCGUUUUAAUCACACUGAUCCCCUUGAUUCAGGAUCUGCUUUUAUGAACCAUGUAGCAACCACAACACAUAAUUUCCAUAGCAGUCUUAGUAAUAACGUUGGAAAGCCUUCAACAGGAUUUUAUGAUUUUACAAAUAUGUCACCAAGCAGUAAUAGAAACAUGCUAUCACACUCUCCUCUUUUGAAUAACUUUUCCUCCAUCUCCUCCUCAAUAGGCACCUCUACGCAUUCGGAAAUGCAAAGAUUACGGGAAGAAUUAGCGAAUAGCCGUUCAAAAUUGUCUUCUUGGGAGGAAAGGAUAGCUCAAGCCAGGACAGCCUGUGAGGCAUGGCAAAGGGAAGCUGAAGAAGCAAAUAGGAAAGCAACUAUUGCUGAACAGCAACGAGAUGAUGUAGCCUCUCAGUUGAAAGCAACCCAGCAAAAAUUAGAAAUGUUACAAUCCUCGCCUUAUCUACACGGCCUGCGUCGGAUAUCUGAUCUUAGGAAUCUUUCUCUAGCAACUCUCAAGUCUCUGCAGGCUCAGUUGAGAAAUGAUUCUGAAGAAAUAGAGAAGGUUCUUUACCUCCAAACUGCAACAAAGUGUAUGGUUUGUGAAGAACGAAAUCGUAGUGUUACUCUAGGUCCCUGCAAUCACUAUGUGCUAUGUAGUAUGUGUGCUCCAACGCAGAAAGAUUGUCCUUACUGUCAGACCCCAAUAAUUGCGCACUCUGCAUCCUCUACUCAACUUACUUCGUAAGGUUUGCGCCAGGAGAACUGCACAAAUCCAAGCAGUGGGAGAGUUGUAAUAGGUAGGUUUUUCAAAUAAUUUAAAAUGUAUGUUGUACUACAAUGAUGAAAUACUAUAUAUUUAAAAAGAAACUUAUUUUCAAUGAUUUAUACAAUCUUUUUAAUUAAAAAAAUUAAAAUUUGGAAAAAAAGUUGAUUUAAAAAAAGAUUAAAUUUUGCAUUAGGUAUUAUAUUAUUAAUUAUUUGUGGUUAUCUUAUAUCUAUAUUUAGUGUAUCGUAGGUUUACAUAAGUAUGCAUACAUAGCUCUGUGUAUGGGUGCAUAUAGUGCAUAUUUGUUUCUUUUUCAUCUCACCUUUUUACUUAUUUUUAUGUUGGCCCACAAUCUGUAAUUCUCCAGUUGAUAGUUCUAUCCGUUCAAUUACCUCUUAAUGUUUCGAUCAAAUAGAAAUUCAUUCAAUUGGAAAGAACAUUUGAUCUGGCAGGAAUGACACCAAGUUUGGUGAUUCAGUCAAUAAUCAUUUUAUUAAUGACUUAAUAGUUGCGUUUCAACCAUUAUGCUUUUAAUUUUGCCCUGUAUCAGCAUUCUUAUUUUUCACUUUUUCAAGCAUCCUUACAGUUACCUGAAAUCUUUGAAUAGGAAAAAGAGAUCAAUCAGGAAGCAUCAUAAUUUUUCCAAACAUUUUGUCCAGUUCCUUCCUAAGACCAUAAUUGCUCCUAAGUUUUUGCUAUUGGUUCUCCCAAAAUAAGUUGACUUUGUAUAAACCAGGAAAAAGUUUUUAAAUCAUCAUUCUUUUAGUGUCAAUUGAAUUGGUUUGUGCAAUAAUCUUCUAUCAUAUUUUUUUUCCCCCAGAAUUUUAAUUGUUUUUUUUUUUUUCUCCCGAGUUCUUUGGGUGAUGUGAAAGAAACAUUUUAUUUAUCCAUUAUCUGGCUGAAAAAUAUCAAGGCAUCUUAGACAUUUCAAAAAGUUAUGAAAUUGCAAGUAGCACUAGAAGAAAGUAUGAAAAUAUUGAAACAAAGUACUAGACUUGGACUCCUUGCAAAAAAAAGUUCAAUUGAAAUUUAUUUUGAUGUGAUUCAUCAAAAUUUUAAAGUUACCAUCCAGAAUGAAGAUAUUAUUAAAUUUUUCUAAGCUAGGAACUUUGACAUGCUGCUGUAAAUCGAACAGAGUUAGUUUAUCUUAAUCAACCUCUUUAACUAAUUUGAAAAAGUUCUUUGUCUUGUGUGAAAUGUGUUGAACUGCUAAAUUUAGCCUUUAUAACUGGAAAUAAGAUUUUAACUUUUGAACUCCUUGGGAAUCAAUUAUAUAAAUCAUAUAAAUAAUAAAAAAUAUAAAUCAGACCCGCAAUUUUUUUGACUGAUCUCUUUUGUAGCCAAGGAUUCAAGUAUCUAAGGCCAAUUCUAAUCAUUCAUAUUUUUUACUCUGCUUGGCAAAGAAAGCAAGGCUUUAUCUUACUUAAAUUCAAAUCUAUCGUUCUGUUUACAUCAUGUGGCAAGUUGAGUACAAUCCCUUUAUUUCUUUGGCCUCUCAAUCUCGUUUCUUACCUGAAAUGCAAUCCUAAUGGUUAUGUUGAUCUCUUAAACAAAUGCUUCAAUUUUUUCUAUUCAAAAGUUAUUUAUGAAUUUUGGCUACUUCAGUGUCCCGAGAAGUUCGGUUCUCUGUUUGUUUCCAAAAAAAGUUCCAUCUAGACAAAAAUGCUACCAGUAAUGAAAAUGCGACGUGAUCAACAUUCUCUCUACCAAUAAUUUUGCUGAGGGAAUCGUUUUUUCUUUUUCUUUUUUCAUUUUAUUUUCUCUCGAUCAAUAUCAAUGUUUGUUGGCUAAAGGAGAAUUCAACCUGUCCAAAAUUUAGGUGAAAAUGUGAAGAGUUAGAUAUUCCUUUCUAUGCUAGCAUCAUGGUGAGCCUCAGAUAUGGUGCAGACUUUUCAUAGGGAGCCGUUUUUGGAUGAAAAAAUUACGUCUUUAGCGGAUUGGUAGUCAAGACUGCCUCUUGCACAGGUUUAGACGAGAUGAAUAAAACUUUACUGAGAUUGCCUCAGAAUUUUCAGGAAAUAUAUUUUGCCCCUUGAUAGGUGAAUUGAUAUGGGAUGACCUUCGUCGACAAACAGAAUCGCUACAACAGCAGAGAUGUAUUGAUCAAGGUCAGGUGAUCCCAGAUUAGCAAUUGACCUGCUAUAGUUGCAACAAAAUACCGAAUAAGAAAUCGACAAUUGCUGCCGACGUAACUUUGAUCCUCCUAAUUGUAACUAGCGUAAUUAAUUCCUUAAGUUGACUUUUUCUCUUUUUUACUUUCCUCUUCAAAGCAAUCUUGUUUCAGUGAGGUAUGAGUGAUUUAGUUGUAUGUUUGUCGAACAAGAUUUCAUGUAUUGUACAAUUUUGCAGAAAAAAUUGAAUUUUCAGCUGGAAUUUUUUUAUUUUUUCUCAAGCUUCCAAAAAAUUACUUGUGAAAGUCUGUUGCCAAAAAUGCACCGUGGAUGCUAAGUGAAAAUCACUUUAAAAUAUCUUUAGAUUGCAUUUUUGACUCCAUUGGUGACUUUUGUAGCAACUCACUGAUUGGUUGCGCUCAAAAAAAGGUGGGCAUUAUUAAGAUAUCCCAAUGAAACCAAAUCGGUAAACAAGGUACUUGUGCUUUAGAAGUGAUGGAAAGGUUCAUAACGGACUCAUUUCAAAAUCUUUAUUUUGUGGAAUCGGCAAUUAGAUUUCAUCACGGUUGUAAGAUUAUGACCAAUAGACUGAUUUAGUUAUAUCUUUCAAUGUUUAAUAUAUUCGAUGGUUCCACCCAGAACCAAUGGUCUGUUUAUAUAGGGUUAUUCUAAAGUCAAGCACCACUAAUGACCAUGAGGGGGUUGGCCAUUUGAAAUUUUUUAGUUGCCCCCCGCCCCCCUCCCCUAGAGAGGAUAAACAACAAGAAAGGACCCAAAAAAGUUUCCCCCUCGAUAUGAGGAAAAACGUCUUUAACCGCAUGUCGAUAUCAUAAUUAGAACUAAAGUUAUGGCCAGUGGUGCGUAACUUUUGAAUAACCCUGUAUAUCGAUUGCUCUGCCUCGCGCUUUAAGGGCGGCACAAUUUAGUGGCGAUAUAUUGAAUGAUGUAGCCACUAAAUCAAUCUAUAAGGCUGGCUCAUUUGAAUUGAAUGGUAUGAUUCAAAGUGGCUCCAGAGUCAAGGUACUACAUACUAAACUUUUCUUGACAGAGUAAUGGUGUCACAAGAAAACAUGCGUUGCACAAUAAGUAAGAUAAAAUGAAAAGUUUUGAAAGCCAGAUAUGGUGCAAGAGGAUGGAGGCAUUAGUGUUAUCAAAUUUUUUCUGUGUGGGUGAUGUACUUUGCAUGUUUUGAAAUGCUUGUGAAGAUGACUAUAGUAGGGCCCACGAACGAUGAUCCCUGAGCCGCGGGUAUUUUUUGCAAACACUGGCAACAGCGACACCCCGGCCCGGACCAAGUCUCGAGUUCGUGGACAAUGCGGAGCUGAGCCACAAUUGAACCCUAAUUACUUACGCGUAAUUUCCAAUUUCACCCUCCCGCUAGAAGAAUCCAAAAUUUGUUGAACGUUGUGUAAAAUUUUUUUAGCAAGUGUUUCCUUACUUUCCUUUAAAACACGAGUAAAAAGAGGCCUCGUUUAUAAAAAUCGGUCAAAUAGCAGCAAAGUUACAGUUCGAGAUACGAUGUUAUAAAUAAAAAUUGGACUUCGCUUCAAAAAGGAAAAAGAAGAAAAAAAUAAAAAUUGUACAUUACAAUUACAUAUGAUUUAGCUCAGAAUUUUUACGAGCAAUCCAACCAUGUAAUGGACGAAGAGAUUGGGGCAAAAUUACAAGAAAUUGAUCUUUUACGAAAGGGCUUCCUAUGAAGAAUUUUGACCUGAAGAUAGGGGGAGAAUAGCAGCAGUUCGCAUACAAUAGCUUUUCGCGUUCACAAUACCCGGUCUUGUCGAUGUGCAUGCUCGACCUUGCAGCGUUGUCAUUUCCAUGGUCCAUGCGUUUUUUCGCCCGAUUUUUCAGGGAUCAUUGUUCGUGGGCCCUACUAUAGCUUACAAUAAUGUGUUCCUUACGUGUGAGUGAUUAAUUUUUUUCUGCUAAGUUCCUGCUGCACCAGCCUCUGAAACCUAUUAAACGAUCCCAAAA